CUCUGGAGUUAGCCAGAACACAUCAGGAAGUGCAGAGGCUUUUCUCCUACUGCACCUGCCCUCACGCCUGCUGAGCCGAGCCACCAGAGCACCUCUUAACACUCGCCGACAGGCUGAGCAGCAUCCAGGUGCCCCCAAGGACCCUCAGCACCCUGCACUAUGUCUGACUAUGAGAACGACGAUGAGUGCUGGAGUAUCCUGGAGGGCUUCCGGGUGAAGCUCAUCUCCGUCAUCGACCCCUCACGCAUCACUCCCUACCUGAGGCAGUGCAAGGUCCUAAACCCCGAUGACGAGGAGCAGGUGCUGAGCGACCCCAACCUGGUCAUCCGCAAGCGGAAAGUGGGCGUACUCCUGGACAUCCUGCAGAGAACAGGUCACAAGGGCUACGUGGCCUUCCUGGAGAGCCUGGAGCUCUAUUACCCGCAACUCUACAAAAAGGUCACGGGCAAGGAGCCUGCUCGGGUCUUCUCCAUGAUCAUCGAUGCAUCAGGGGAAUCGGGCCUGACACAGCUGCUGAUGAGCGAGGUCAUGAAGCUGCAGAAGAAGGUGCAGGACCUGACGGCUCUGCUGAGCUCCAAGGAUGAUUUCAUCAAGGAGCUUCGGGUGAAAGACAGCCUGCUAAGAAAGCACCAGGAGCGCGUGCAGAGGCUCAAGGAGGAGUGCGAGGCAGGCAGCCGGGAGCUCAAGCGCUGCAAGGAUGAGAACUACGAGCUGGCCCUGCGCCUGGCCCGCCAGAGUGAGGAGAAGGGCGCCGCCCUCAUGCGCACACGUGAUCUACAGCUGGAGAUCGACCGGCUCAAGCACAGCCUCAUGAAGGCGGAAGACGACUGCAAGGUGGAGCGCAAGCACACACUGAAGCUCAGGCACGCCAUGGAGCAGAGGCCCAGCCAGGAGCUGCUGUGGGAACUGCAGCAGGAGAAAGCCCUUCUGCAGGCCCGGGUGCAAGAACUGGAGGUCUCCACCCAGGAGGGGAAACUAGACAAGAACAGCCCCUACAUCCAGGUGCUGGAGGAGGACUGGCGGCAGGCACUGCAGGACCACCAGGAGCAGGCCAACACCAUCUUCUCCCUGCGCAAGGACCUGCGCCAGGGAGAGGCCCUACGAUCCCGGUGCAUGGAAGAGAAGGAGAUGUUUGAGCUGCAGUGCCAGGCCCUGAGGAAGGACUCAAGAAUGUACAAGGACCGCAUUGAAGCCAUCCUGCAGCAGAUGGAGGAGGUGGUCAUUGAGCGGGACCAGGCCAUGGCCGCGCGGGAGGAGCUGCACACACAGUGUGCGAGGAACCUGCAGGAGAAGGACAGCCUGCGCAAGCAGGUCCGCGAGCUGAGCGAGAAGGUGGAUGAGCUGCAGUUGCAGCUGUUCCAGCGUGAGGGCCAGCUGCUGGCUGUGGAGGGCAGGCUCAAGCGGCAGCAACUGGACACACUCUUGUUGAGCUCUGACCUGGAGGACUGCUCACCCAGGAACUCCCAGCUCUCACUCCCUCAGGACCUGGAAGAGGAAGCCCAGCUCUCAGACAGGGGUGAGAAGGGGCAUGCCAGUCACAAAGGUGUCCCAGCUGACAGGGAGAGCCCAGAGCAGCCUUUUCCAACUCUGCAGAAGGAACGGCUUUCACUCUCCCCCAAUGACACAGGUCUAGGCUGCGGGGAGCCCCCUGAGAAGGAGCGGCGGCGCCUCAAGGAGAGCUUCGAGAACUACCGCAGGAAGCGGGCUCUCCGGAAGAUGCAGCAGUGCUCGAGGCAGGGCGAAGUGGACUGGGAGAACACCACGGGCAGCGACAACACCGACACCGAGGGCUCCUAGCGAGAAUGAGGGCUACCAUCCCCGACCACCUGCACUGGAUGCCCCAGGCGCACCUCCCCGCGCGCAUCACGAGGCACAAGGCAAUGCCAGGAGCUCGCAAAUAAAAGGCCAUUUUGCACUUCGC